AUGCAUUGCAGUACAAGUGGGGUCGCAGGAAGUGACGGCCCUGUGUCAACAGCGGCUGAAGUGCUUGCCUUCGCAAAGCAGCACGGCCUGCCUGUCGCCAUAAAGGCUGUGCAUGGAGGAGGUGGCCGUGGCUUAAAAGUGGCCUGGGCAAUGGAAGAUGUAGUAGAGGCAUACGAAUCAUCUGUCCGGGAAGCAACCGCAGCAUUCGGACGGGGCGAAUGUUUUGUCGAACGUUAUCUGCAUCGGCCGCGCCACAUUGAAGCACAAGUAUUAGCUGAAAAGCACGGAAAGGUGCUUGUUCUUAGGACCCGUGAUUGCUCGGUACAGAGACGACACCAGAAGUUGAUCGAGGAAGCGCCAGCACCAUUUCCUUCUACAGAGCAGGAGAGGAAAAUUCACGACGCUGCGAAGAGGAUAUGUGCCGCUGCGGGUUACUCCAGUGUAAGCACCGUGGAGUUUCUUCUCGGUGCUGAUGGUAGUAUUUCAUUCUUGGAAGUCAACACCCGGCUGCAAGUCGAGCAUGCCGUGACGGAGGAGACAACCGGUAUAGACAUCGUUUCGGAGCAGUUCCGCAUUGCUGAGGGCUUGCCGCUCGGUAUUACUGAAGCUCCCGUCUCCCGGGGGCAUUCUAUCGAAUUUCGUAUCAAUGCAGAAGAUCCCGGUCACGGAUUUCUACCUACUCCAGGCACGAUUACAGCCUUCGAGCCUCCCUCCGGCCCAGGUGUUCGGGUUGAUAGUGGCGAUGUUACCGGUUCCACCGUUCCAGCUGUUUACGACUCCCUCAUGGCCAAGUUGAUUGUUUCUGGCGCAACUCGUGACCAAGCACUAGCUCGCGCGCGCCGAGCACUGCAAGAAUUCCGAAUCGCCGGGCUCCCCCAGUCCUACCAUUCCACCGUGCGGUGCUUGAGACAGAUGACUUUGUUGGUAACAGUGGCUUCAAAGUCCAUACCCGCUGGGUCGAGACUGAUUUCACCGCGGCUCCUGCUCCAGCAAUCCGCCCUGACCCAGUUUCUGAGCCUUCAAUCGUUAGGACGAGUGUGGAAAUAG